AUGUUGCGCACGACCGAAGCGACCGAGUUUCCGAUGCAAGCCGCGCUCAUCCCGGGUGGGUACGCGCCACCGCUGCUGGUGCCAACGACAACCGACGCCAUGGACGCGAAUUUUGCGACGCUGCGCCUCUCUUUCCAUGCGGGGCUCACGCGGCCGUUGGCGGCGCGCCGGGCCCAGCUCCAGCAACUCCGCCUGCUCCUUACGGACGGCCUCGUAACGUUGCAAAACGCGCUGCUCGCGGAUCUGCACCUGCACCCGAACGAGGUCUUUCUGACCCAAGUCGCGGCCUUCCUCAGCACGAUCCAAGACCACCUGGACCACCUCGCGUCCUGGGCCGCGCCGCGCCGCGUGAGCACCAAUUUCUUCAACAUGCCCGGGUCGUCGUACGUGUGCAAGGACCCGCUUGGCAUUUGCUGCCUUUUCGGCACGUGGCGUAGUCCGAUUGCGUCGAUGCUGUUGCCGCUUGUCGCGUGCCUUGCCGCCGGCAACUGUGCGCUGCUGCGACUGCCGCUGGACGGGACGACCGACCACACGAACGCGGCUCUGGCGUUUCUCGUCGACAAGUACCUCGACCCGAGUGUCGUGCGCUACGUCUCAGGUGGCCUCGCGACGACGAGCGUCCUGCUCACGCACGCGAUGGAUCUGGUGCUCUGCGAUGGCGUCGACGCCAUGGAGCAGAGAAUGAUCGCCAAGGGCGCCGCCGAGACGCUGACUCCCGUGAUGCUCGGACACGGCGGCAAGUCGCCCGCCAUUGUCCACUCCGAUACGCACCUCGAGACGACCGCGCGCCGGUUGGUCUGGGGCGCGUUUCUCCACGCCGGGCAGUGCCUCUCUCGACCCGACUACAUCCUCGUGGACGCUUCGAUUGGCCCCGUGUUUGUGGCGGCCCUCCGCGACGCCAUCGUCACUGCCUUUGGCGCGGUGCCCGAAGCCUCGGGCUUUUUCGGUCGCCUGGUCAACGACGCGCAGUUUGACCGGCUCGACCGGCUCUUUGAAGCCGACCGGCCGUUCCUCGUGCACGGCGGCGCUUGCGACCGCGCCGAGCGCUUCUACGCGCCGUCGGUCUUUGACUUUAUGGACGACACGCGGGCGUUUGAGACGAGUGCGUGCAUGCAAGCGGUCGGGCCGACUGCCGGGCCGCUUUUGCUUGUGGCCUACUACAACGACCUCGACCAGGUGCUUGCACGUCUCCGAGCCUACCCGACGCCGCGCGCUCUCUACCUGUUUACGCAGAGCCGCCAUGUCAAGCAGCUUGUGGUGGCGAACGCGAUCGCCGGUGCCAUGUGCGUCAACGACACGGUCGUGCAGGAGACGAGUCGCCACCUCCACCGCUUUGCAGCCCUGUUUUCGCAGCCCAAGUGCGUGUUGUACAAGUCGAGCUACUUUGACGUGGUGCAGCGCUACCCACCAUACACGCCGACGCGCCAGCGACUGCUGCACGCCGCGCUGCGCCCCGUCGCGCGCACGACGUGGAUCGUACUCGGGAUCAGCGUCGCGCUUCUCGUGCUGGUUGUCGCUCUCGUGCUCGGCCUGGUGCUCUAA